UCGUUUUUUCGAGCGCAACACGUCUCCCGUCGUCAGCCCAGCAGUCACCUCGACGUUUUCCAGCUCAUCUCGAUCGAACGACCCUCGUAUCUCACACUCCCAUCGCUCUGUUUACCCUCCCAUGCUGUUGCUAUCCACUUCCUGCCAUGCCAGUUGGCUCUGAAGACAAGCGGCCGUCGCGGUUGGGUUUCGACGAGCAGCACAGAGAGCUGACGCGUUUGGUCGACAUUCUCAACGUUUCGGCUGUCGUUCGAAGCAAGCCGCCCGUGCCGAGUCAGACAAAUGGACAUGCGACUCUGUGGUCGUCCGCAUCAUCGAGGGAGACGUCGCCGGCGCAUUCUGGUGUGUCUACCGGUUUGAGUGAAAUCCGAGCGUUUGAACAGUUCGGGAAGAUGUAUCAGACUGAGAGAGAGUUUAGUCAGCACUCACAUAAGGAUCUCUUUCUACAGCUCAUGCAAGCUCUUAUCAAUCAAAGACUAUCUAACAAAGAAUGGUUGGAGAAAUCGGAAUCAGAUGGUGUAUUGCUGGCUUUAGCGUGUCUUCGAAUGCUGUUGAGAGACGCAGCAUUCUUGCUAGAAUUCUUUAGUAUGGGAGGUGUCAAGGGAGUAGCAGAGCUGUUGGCCUCAUUGACUGGAUUGUAUCUGUCGUCUGUUGAGAAGCCGUGUCUUGUAGAUCAACUUAAGGAGCUGACGAAUAUUUGUCAGAAGCUAACGACCAAUGUGUCAAAACGAGAGUGGCUGGUAGCAUGUGGCAUUCACAAGUCUCUCGUCUUACUCCUUUCGUCCGGAGACGUCUACAUCCUUCAUUGCUCUCUCGUUGCCCUCACCAACUUGGCAUCCAGUAAUCAGUCCCGGGGUGUUAUUGGAGAUCUUAACUGUAUUGAAGUGCUACUGAGAAUACUGCAAGACUAUGACAUUGUUUCAAAGCGGCUUGCGUCUGAUCUGUUAAAGCGGCUCUGUGCUGAGGAACAAGUGAGGGAGCAAGUUCGAGUGUUUGAUGGCAUUCCGAUUUGUCUUAGUCUGCUUCACAUGGAAGACGUCCUACUCCUUCUCAACAUGGUUGGAAUUGUCGAGUGGCUAGCAUUUGAUGUGGACUCACGAGAUGACAUACGGUUGAUUGGAGGGAUUCCCUUGCUAAUAAGCUUGUUGCAACGUGAUUGUUUAUAUGCUCGUCCGUCGUCGUCGUCAUUUGUUGUAAGUGCCAGACCAUUGAGAACUCCACAGCAAGUUACAUCUGGCCAAAUUCCUGAGGACGAUAAACAAUCUGUAUGGAACUUUCAUGUUAAAGCAGCUUCGUGUUCUGCUCUCACAGUUUUAGUAAAGAGCGACACAAAUGCCCAGCAUAUUGUCUCAGCAAAUGGAGUGUAUGUGAUUGCUCUGUAUAUUCUUCCUCACAUGACGACAACAUUUGAGGAAUCAGUGGCAGCAAUGAAUUUGCAAAAUACAGCGUUUAGAGCUCUAAGGUUUCUGUUUUGUAAGGAACGGAAUCGUCGACUGUUCAAGCAACUCUUCCCGCCCGAUUUGUUUGAGAUGUUUAUUGAUGUUGGUCACUACAACUUGGAGUUGUCUGCGUACGAGCGAAUGACUCAGCGCAUCAACAUAAUGCAAGAGAAUGAGUUGCAAGACGUUAGAAACAACAUCAAUGCUAUUAAUCAGUUAAAAGCUCCUAUGCAUCGAGUGAGAAAGUACGACGUGAUGGAACAUCUUGGUUCAGGCGCAUUCGGCAGUGUGUACAAAGUAAAGACGAAGUCAAGAGAAUCUCACUUCAAACCAGAUGAACACAAAUACUAUGCAAUGAAGGAGUUGAACAAGCACAGUCCAGCAUUCGGCAAGACACAAAAGGAAAGAGAAACAAGUGUCGGAGAGAUCAUUGCCGAAGUGUCAAUAAUGCAGGAAAAGUUACGGCAUCCCAAUGUUGUCCGAUAUUACAGUGCAUUUACAGAGUCAGACAAGUUAUAUGUUGUAAUGGAGUUAAUCGAUGGGGCACCUCUGAUGGAGCAUUUUAGCUCACAGAAAGAGAAGAAAGAGUGUUUCUCAGAAGAACGCAUAUGGAACAUCUUCGUUCAGAUUGUUCUCGCAUUGCGAUAUCUUCACAAGGAGAAACGCAUUGUUCAUCGCGAUCUCACACCCGGAAACAUCAUGCUUGGCGAGAACGACAAAGUCACAAUCACGGAUUUUGGCCUUGCUAAGCAGAAACCGGACACAAGUGUGAUGGUUUCGGUCGUCGGUACGGUUCUCUAUCAUUGUCCUGAGUUGAUUCAAGGUGUUCCAUAUAGUGAGAAAGCUGAUGUGUGGGCUGCUGGUUGUAUACUCCACCAAAUGGCAGCUCUUGAGCCGCCGUUUAACGCUCAGAAUGUUCUCGCGUUGGCAAAGAAGAUUGCUGAAGUCGACUACAAACCCAUUCCUGUUGGUUUGUAUUCGUCACGAAUCUCUGAGACAGUAGCCAGAUGCCUUACAGCUGAACCAGACCUGCGGCCUGAUAUUGUUGGGUUGGCAGGUUCUAUUGUUGACAUUCUGAUGCUGCAUAUUGAUAAACUGUCUGCACAACAGACGAAGACGGAAAGAAGGCUAGAACAAGAGAGAAUGCGUGUCCAGUUACACAAGGACGACUCAACAUAUCACAGACAACGAUUCGAGCGUCUAUUCCACGUCUCUCAAGAACGCUCUGAUCGAUCUCUUCACACUGGCUCAACCAUUUCUAGUAGCAAUCAAAGACAAGACAGCACCAAUCAAUUAAUAGACGAAGGACAUCUCAGACAUCACGAAGUCGGAUCUUCGACUAUAGUAAGUCCACCAUGCGAGUUGGCUACAAGCAGUGAAGGUGAAGAAGGCGACGUCGCAGGCAACUCACGGGACGAUCGUCUUGCAUCGAGUGGCAAAAGUACAGACAGUGUGUUUGAUAAUCUCUUGCUCAGCGGCGGAUCACUAUCACAGGAUGCUGGUGAUGAAACGAGUGAGGCAAACAGAUAUGCAAAGGCAACGUCUCCGCCUUCUGUUAGUCUCCCGAGAUUAAAACGACUUUCUGCAACAAAACUUGGCAAAGAGGGUUUGAAGGAAAAGGACGAAGCUGCGAGAAAAUUUACUUAUGGUACGUCACCUCCGUCGUCGGACUCUCCGCAAUCGAAACUUGGGAAUUUCGUGCCUCAUCCGCCGACGAGGUCGAAGAGUGGAGGUGCAAGACGACUUCAUCAGCUGGACAGUUUGAGCAGUAUGGGAGCGUCGGGACGAGUGCAUCAUAAUAUGCCUGCACCUGUGCUUGACAGUCCCGUUGCAGCAACCCAAGGAGUCGGUCCUGUUCCUUCCCGACGGAGACGUACUCUUAGCAAUUCAUCUGGAGUUGAAUCAAUUGGCAGUAGAAAGUCUUCAGCUGCAUCUCCUGGGAUUGCAGCAACACUGACCAUUUCUCAUCGCAAAGUUCGUCAAAUCAGCGAUCCAGUCCAGCAGAUUCUCAAUCAGCUACACAAGAUUAUCUUCAUUUCUCAGCUUCCUCCUUCUCUUGAGUUGUCUCCUGGUCGCCGAAUAAUUGACAAAUUCAAACGAGAGAUUUUCUCGUCUCAAAGUACACCAGUCUAUCUCAAGUCAGUUCUUAAAAAGUUGGUGAGCGGCUCAAAAGAAGUCGUUGACUUGAGUUUUGGCUUUGGUGGGCCCGUCCUUACUGCUAGAAUAUUUGAAAUAGAGGCAACUGCAUCUACUCUUGAAGUGGCUGGUGAUCAUGCUGCUAGCAAUGCAUUGCUGUCUUCGAGUAUGAUUUUUGAUUCGUCAUCUGGUGGGAGCAUUGGUAUUACGUAUGAACAGUUACAGGUUGUAAUAGAAAGUGUACUGGUUGAUUGCGGCUAUUACGACAUGCCAUCACAACCCGGCUACAAGAUGGCUCCUCUAGCUCCAAUAGGAUCACAAGGAUCGUCGCGAAGCAGCUCUUCAUCUACUUCCAACUCUGCAACAAGAACGAAGCGUCUGUCCAACAUGUAAUGCAUUGUAAUCACACACAAACCUAUAUAUGAUGCAUCCAUUGCUGUGCAGUGGUUGUAGUGAUGUAUACAUAGGAAAUAUUGGAUGCAUUUAUUCUAUUUUUUCAUUUUUAUAUAUGGACAGUCAGAAGCAUACAGAAUGUGUAGAUCACGUGUGAGGUUAACUGAUAGAGAAGACAGAAGUUUUUGCCUUUAUAGGUAUAUUGUAUUGUAAUACAUUGCUCACUAUUAAGUUGCA